CGUGUCUCACCUGGCGCAGGUGGGGCGGGGCCGCGCUCCGGCUCGCAGGCAGAGCCCUGUCCCCUGAACAAUGAAGAUCUUGGACCCUGGGUAACGGCCACGCAGCUGCCAGCCCCUCCUCACUCCUCUGAAGCAGAUGCUCAAGUUCUUGAGGAGGAUCUUUCCUGUUGCCAUCCAGUGCCUGUGUGAGGACAGAGAGAGCUCCUACCCACCCUGUGCCCGAGGCGGGAGCCAUGCUGGGCCGGAGCUCGGGGCCCCGUGAGCUGCGCGGCCCCCGCCGCCCGCCGCAGCCCUUCCCCGAGGCCGUGUCCCCGCGGGGCAGAGCCCCCCAGGAGGCAGAUGUCAGCCUGGAGGUGUUCAGUGGCUCCACACCCGAGGUGCCCCCGAGCCGCCCCCGGGGGCAGAGGAGGGACAGGAGAGGCCGCAGGGCCGACGCCAAAGACGCCAACGGCAGAGAGGCGGAAACAAUCACCUUCAUUUCGGGCACGGCCGAGGCUGCCCCGGCGCAGAGCGUCUGCUGCUCCUCUCUGGCUCAGGCCUGGAGCACCUACAAGGCUGUUUUCUGUUGCAUAGUGACGUGUGGGGGCUGUUUCCAGGACUGCAGCGUCUGCAUCCCCUACCCAGGGCCCGCCGAGAGCUCCACCGACGACAGCAAGAACGUGGAUUACAACGGGCGGCUGCCAAACAGCCCCAGCAGCACCUCUCCUGCUGAGAAGAAUGGCAACCAGAUCAAGAAGUCCAGCAUGGGCAGCAGUUUCAGUUACCCAGAUGUAAAACUGAAGGGCAUCCCUGUCUAUCAGAACAGAAGCCCCAGCCAGCACACGGAAUCGGAGUCGUGCUGCAAAGAGCUGCUGCCAGAGAAGCCCUUCAGGAACAGCAUAGAGAAGGCCACACUGCCCAGCAGCCACCGUAGCUCAGAGGAGUAUUAUUCCUUCCAUGAGUCUGACCUGGACAUCAGUGAGCUGAAUGGCUCCAUGUCCAGCAGGGAGAUCGAUGUCCUCAUCUUCAAGAAGCUGACAGAGCUCUUCAGCGUUCACCAGAUCGAUGAGCUGGCCAAGUGCACGUCUGACACCGUCUUCCUGGAGAAGACCAACAAGAUCUCAGACCUCAUCAACAGCAUCACUCAGGAUUACAACCUGGACGAGCAGGAUGCCGAGUGCAGGCUGGUCCGAGGCAUCAUCCGCAUCAGCACCCGCAAGAGCAGGGUCCGGCCCCACAUUUCUGUCCCUCCCAGCCAGAGCCAUGAGGAGAAGUCAGGCAGAGGCACCGCCCCUGACAGCGGCAAUGAGACCAUGCUGGAGUCCAUGGUCACCAGCCAGGAUGAUUUGGCUGUGCAGAUAUCAGAGGAGACCCCUGCAGACGUGUUGGCCAGGAACAUGAGGCGGCACAGCAGCGCAGGCUCUCCAACAAGCAGAGAUUCCUCUUUCCAAGACACAGAGACUGACUCAUCUGGGGCACCUCUGCUUCAGGUGUAUUGUUGAGGGGAAGGAGCCUGGCAGUGGGCAGGAAUUCUGGGGCUUUGCUGCAGAUUUCUUCCCUUCCCAUCUGGAGGGUGCUGAGCCACUUUGGUUUUGCCUCCCCUGAUCCCUUGUUGAAGCCAAAGUUCUCCUGCUGCCUGAAUUUCACUGGAUAUGUGGAGUUUGGGGGUCUUUUUUUGGACAACAGAGAACAUCAGGAACUGAACUGUGGAGCUUUUGAACUUGAGAUGGAAUGUGUGCACAGGGAGGAGAUGAUGGACAGGGAAGUGUCACAUCAUGUGUGCCUUGAUUGGUUGCCAGACUUCACAUUUUAGCUUCCACAGCCCCAGUGGCUCGGCCCUUGCCCUGCUCUGAGGGUCUGUGGGACAGUUCUUGCUUUCUGGCAUUGCACAAGUUGAUUUGGGGAGGGAACAGUGGGAUGGCAUCUCAGUGUUUGUGCCAGUGCUGAGGGAAAGGCCAAGCACCUGCUCCCUGGGCACCCAAAUCUCUUGGAUGUGGCUGGGUUGGUCCUACCCCAAGGUUAAAUCCUCCCUCUGUAGUGGUUGCAGUGGCCAGAUCUGCCUCCUUCCUGCUGAUCCUUUGAGGUGACAACUCCUGCUGCCUCAUAGGCUUCAGGUGAUGUGGUUUGUUUAAUCUUUGGCCUCUUGGUGUGUCUCUGGAGCAGACUGGGGGGCACCAGCCCCUCCACAUUCCCUCUGAGCUUCCCCAUCACGCCUGGUGUCAGAGGGGGAGCUGGGCAAGUGAAGCCUGGGGCUGGGCAUCGAGCUCCUGUGGUGGCAGGAAGUUUCUGAAGCUAAUAAUUCAACUGUUUGACUAGAAAGUCCCUUAAGAGGGGCUUUUUUUGUUGUUGGAGAGUGUCCCUGAGUGUCUGCAGAGGGUCUGUGAGGAACUGCUGGGUCCUGCCUUUCCCCUGCAGGCUCAGCACCUCCUGCCCUUUGCUCCUCUCCAGCAGCCUCUGGCACCUGGAGCUGUGGCUGCUGCCCUGGGGCUCAGUACUGGGUGACCUUGAGGGCUGCAGCAGGAGGAAGCUCAGUCUCAUGGGCAUUGCCAAUGGCUCUUUUAUCACAAAGUAAACACGUGGAGCCAUGGGACCUGUUUAUACCUUCAGCUGCCCUUGGACAUGAGAACAGUUGGGAUUUACCAGCCAUAGAAGAAAUACUCCCACUGUUUCUGAGGGAGAGGGAGACCAAAACAGGCCCCAGGCUUUGGUGUAGGCUGUGUGUUUGUGCCUUAACUCAGCUGAAAGAUGCCUUAAUUCAGCCAAAAGGUGCCUGAAUUCCAAAGCCUGUGAUUACCCCUCAGAAGGUUGGGCUGUGGGGGAGGGAUUUCAUUCCUCACACGAGCACUCAGGCUGAUGGACCUGACCAAAGCCCUUUGCAACGGACAGUGAAGUCCCUGUUGGAGCCUGGUGCUGCACAGUGCUUCUGUUUCAGAGACUGCUUUCAUCAAUCAUGGCCAUGUCUGAGGCCACAGCUUGAGACACUGACAGAAGGAGACUGAAAAGCAAGGGGAGAGCCUGAGCCCUGGCUUUGGCUUCCGCUCCCUGCUUGGUUUGUGACAGACCCUGUUUGUACAUGGAGGAGCCUCAAAGUGUGGCCAGGCCAGGGCUGCUGAAGCAGCUGGGUUUUGUCUCCUCCUUCCCAGUGCCACCAGUUUGGUUUCUUGCUCCUCAGUGGCCUCACCUGAGGGGUUUGGAGACGUUUCCUCCGCCGUGUGCACUGGGGCAGUGUUUGGGUCACGCUGCCCUGCGGCUGCUCUGUGCUGCAGCUCUGGCUGUGCAGAGCCUCCCAUCACCCUCACAGAUGCAAUAAGGAUGGGGUUUACCUUUAGUCUGUGUUUGAAGAGUGAGUGUGGAUGGAUUAAGCUUGCAAAAACCUACCCCCAAAGCCCCCAAACCCUGCCAUGGAGGAGGACUGUCCCCUCGACAGUCCCUGGAGCGGGUCCCUCCAGUGCUUUAGGGAUCCUCUCGCACUCCUUGGCCUCCCAUGUCUCAUUUGGUCCUUUUUUAUAAAGUAAAAGUU